AGAGGCGGGCCCAGUGGAGGAAGAAGCAUGGCGUGGCGACAGCUCAAAAAGCGGGCCCAGGAUGCCAUGGUGAUCCUGGGGGGCGGAGGACUUCUCUUCGCCUCCUACCUGACAGCCACGGGGGAUGAGCGUUUCUACAGGGAACACCUGAUGCCGGCUCUGCAGGGGCUGCUGGACCCGGAGACAGCUCACAGGCUGGCCAUUUGCUUCACAUCCCUGGGGCUCCUUCCUCGGGCCACGUUUCAAGACUCUGACAUGCUGGAAGUGAGAGUCCUGGGACAUAAAUUCCGAAAUCCAGUAGGAAUCGCUGCAGGAUUUGAUAAGCACGGGGAAGCUGUGGAUGGCCUUUACAAGAUGGGCUUCGGUUUUGUUGAGAUAGGCAGUGUUACCCCCAAACCUCAGGAAGGAAACCCCAGACCCAGGGUCUUCCGUCUCCCCGAGGACCAAGCCGUCAUUAACAGAUACGGAUUCAACAGUCACGGGCUCUCAGUGGUGGAACACAGAUUACGGGCCAGGCAGCAGACGCAGGCCAGGCUCACAAAAGAUGGGCUGCCACUGGGAAUAAACCUGGGGAAGAAUAAGACCUCGGUGGACGCUGCCUUGGACUACGCAGAGGGGGUUCGAGUCCUGGGCCCCUUGGCUGACUACUUGGUCGUGAAUGUGUCUAGUCCCAACACAGCUGGGCUGCGGAGCCUUCAGGGGAAGGCUGAGUUGCGCUGCCUGCUGACCAAGGUGCUACAGGAGAGGGACGCCUUGAAGGUAGCCCACAAGCCGGCCGUGCUGGUAAAGAUCGCUCCUGACCUCACGGCACAAGACAAGGAAGAUAUCGCCAGUGUGGUGAGAGAGCUGGGCGUCGAUGGACUGAUUGUCACGAACACCACAGUGAGCCGCCCUGCCAGCCUGCGGGGUGCCUUGCGCUCUGAAACUGGAGGGCUGAGCGGGAGGCCCCUCCGGGACUUAUCAACGCAAACCAUCCGGGAGAUGUAUGCACUCACCCAAGGCAGCGUUCCCAUCAUCGGAGUCGGCGGCAUCAGCAGCGGGCAGGACGCGCUGGAGAAGAUCCGGGCCGGAGCCUCCCUGGUGCAGCUGUACACGGCGCUCACCUUCCGCGGGCCGCCCGUGGUGGGCGGCGUCAAGCGCGAGCUGGAGGCCCUUUUGAAGGAGCAAGGUUUUACCAGAGUCACAGACGCCAUUGGAGCAGAUCAUCGGAGGUGAGGACAGGUCCGUGGGAAGCCUGAUGUGGAUGGAACCUUCCUGCUAAAUCAGGCGAGCCUUCCUGGCUGAUGGAGAGAGGAGAGUCACAGCCCGCAAACCACAAGGGCCCCUCCUCCACCUGGAUUGUAAAAGCCAAGCCCGAGAAUCACCAGAAGCAAUACGAGGCUUUAAUUUCUUGUCAGACCAUGAACUGCAUCCAUGAUCUUUUUCUAGAUUCAAAUUCUACGAUCCUUUAAUAUUACAAGGACAUUAGACAUUUGGGGGGAAAUCAUGAUAAAAUAAAGUCAUUUAAAAACUGGA